GGGGCAUGCCCCAGUAGGUGCUACGUCACUGAAGCCUGCUGGGGGGGACUGCUUCCGCCCUCAGUUCACGAUAGCCCGAGGGAGUUUGGAACAAGGAGGAGCAGCGGAGAAGCUGCAGGCCGGCUUGGAGAAGGUUGACAAUGGACCCACAUAUCACUGGUAGAACCUUAGUACUUUUUGUGGCCACUAUCGUCUUUUCUGUUGUUGAAAGUCAAGUUUAUGACUAUUUUGACCUGGAACCUUCUUAUUUGCUUUCGAAUGACUGUCCCAAAGAGUGUACCUGUCCUCUUAGCUUUCCGCGUGCUCUAUAUUGCGAAAACAAAGGUUUGAACGAAGUUCCUCCUAUCCCAUCAAGAAUUUGGUACUUGUACCUGCAAAAUAAUGAAAUUGACAAACUUAAUGAAAAACAGUUUUCUAACGCUACACAACUUAGGUGGAUCAAUUUGAACAAAAAUAAAAUCACAAGUCAAAGUAUUGAAAAAAAUUUCUUUCGAGAUAUGAAGAAUUUACUUUUCCUAUUUCUAGAGGACAAUGAUUUAGACGGAGUGCCUGCACCAUUACCUAGCAGCCUGGAACAACUUCGUUUAGCAAGAAACAAAGUCUCAAAGAUUCCUGAAGGUGUUUUUAGCAACUUAGAAAACCUCACUUUACUGGAUUUACACCACAACAAGCUCUCAGAUGGUUCCUUUCAAGCUGAUGCAUUUGCAGGACUCAAAAAUCUGGUGCAGCUCAAUGUGGCCCAAAAUGCCCUCAAGAAAAUGCCACAAGGCCUUCCUUCUAAUACUGUGCAACUUUAUUUAGACAACAAUAAUAUAGAAACGAUACCUACUGAUUACUUUAAUAAUGCACCCAAAAUCUCUUUUAUAAGGCUAAACUACAACAAAUUAUCAGACAGUGGCGUACCAGCAAAUGUUUUUAACGUAACUUCCCUCCUAGACUUGCAGUUGUCACACAAUGAACUAACAACUCUGCCCAUUGUUAAUGGCCAUCUGGAGCGCCUUUAUCUUAAUAACAACAAGAUUAAAAAUAUCAGUGGAGCAAUAAGAUGUCCUAAUGUAGUCAAAGAAGAACAUGACCCCCAUUUUCCACAUGGACCCCGACUUCGUUAUUUACGUCUGGAUGGAAAUGAAGUUCAGCCACCAAUACCAUUAGAUCUUAUCAUUUGCUUUAGACUUCUUCAGGCCAUAGUUAUUUAG